AGAAAGAGAAAAAGAAAAGAUCUUUCGUCAUUCAGGAGGAGGAAUGAUCCCGUCCAUUUCGUGUAAUCAUAUUAAAGUAUUCUGCAAGGCUCAAGAUAUAACACCUGAUGACCUGGUGAAAUGCCAUGCAGAGUUUUACAGCAAACUGGACAAAGUGUCACAAGAUGCUGCUAUAGUAGCUUUGCUUGAUGCGGACACCACGAAAAGAGUGAAUGAUCAGAGGAAAAAAACAAGACACAUGACGAUCAAAUACUUUCUUUGUAGUGAUGGAAACAAGCUGCAAGUUUGCCAGUCUUCUUUUUGUUCAGCAUUGUGGAAAAACUGGGAUUCAUUCAACACAAAGGAGCCUGGAAAAAAGAACUGUGUAAAGGUGGCUAAAAAGACAGAUGUUCUUUGUGUUCUCGAAGCCGUAGGGGUGGAAGAGAAUAAAGAUUUCUUAUGA